AUGUCCGCUCAGGGUCAUCAGAACCCUGCCUCCUCGACCGGCGGCUCAGAUUCCAACAACACACUCACCACCUCUCAACAAGAUGCCUCGGGACGACAGCCCUCCUCCCCCUCCGCCUCCUCCGCCCAACUCACCAGUUGGAAGGUAGAGCUGCGUCGGAACCUGCGCUCUUUCCCUGACUUCCCCAUCCCCGGCAUUGACUUUGUCGAUAUCAUGCCCCUCUUCGCCAACCCGACAGCCCACGCCGCUCUCGUCUCUGCCCUCGAACUCCAGAUUUCCGAGUCCUUCAAAGGAGGCCGGCCAGAUGUUAUCGUCGGCCUUGACGCCCGCGGCUUUCUCUUCGGCCCCGGCCUUGCACUGAAGCUCGGUGUUAGCUUCGCUGCUGUUCGCAAGAAGGGCAAGCUCCCCGGCCCUUGUGUUACAGCCGAGUACGUCAAAGAAUACGGCAAGGAUCUCUUCCAGAUGCAGGAGGAUGCCAUUAAGCCAGGUCAGAAGGUUCUGAUUGUCGACGAUAUCAUUGCCACUGGUGGUUCUGCCAAGGCUGCACACGAUCUUGUCAAGCAGCUGAAAGGCGAGGUCCUUGGUUUCCUAUUCAUCCUCCAGAUCCCUGGUCUUAAUGGUCGCGACAAGCUCGGAGAUGCUCCUGUCGAGAUUCUCUUGGAGGAUGCUUAG